AGAUGUGUCAAUACAUUUCAGGAGUUUUUUUUUCUUUUAUUGCUUUGAUUUAUUCCACAUUUAUGUCAUUUAGAAGUAGUGAUGGUGUUGAUACCAGAAUAAGAAACCUCAAACAGUAAAAACACUAAUAAUAAAAAGUCUUACUUCUGAUCCGGGUUGCCAGGUUAUUGUGCUCACAGCUGAAAGCUGUCCAAGUUCACUAUAUCUUACAAAUCCACAUAAACCGCACAAAUUCUCCCUGUCGUUUGUGAUUAGAGAUAUGUCUGGCAACCCUGCUGUAGAUGGAAAUAAGAUCUGAACUUUAACUGUGUAAAUUUCUUUCGACUUUUUUUUGUACGUGACGAAACUUAAUAAAAAUGGCGAUCUUAUUUAAUUAAUUUUUAUUUUAAACGACGAAUUUAGGUGAAGUAAAUCCAGGUGAGAUGUUGAGGGACAGUUUCAUUUAGCCGUUUGUUCUUUUCCUUUCUCACUGAGUGUACAGUAGUAAUGGUAGUUGGUAUGCAAAUAAGAUCCUCGGUUACCUUAUGGAUGCGCGGACGUGAUUGGUUGGGUGAGGGCUGUCAGUCAGGCGCAGUGGGUGUGUCCUGCGUGCCGUGUUUAGCUGUAGAAACUCCGUGCGCGCGCACUGACUCGGUGUGUUGUUUAAUGAGCGCGGGACAGCAGCACGAGAGUGUGUUUAACUUUCUGUAACUUUAUUCACACACAGACAGAGGGGAACCUCAUGCUCUGAACAGACUCGUGGGUGGGUGGGUGUGUGUGUGUGUGUGUGUGCGCGCGUGAGGGUGAGGGUGUGUGUGUGUGUGUGUAUGGGUGGCGUUUCUUCACUCGGGUGUCAGAGUCGCGGUUUUUUUUUAAAUUUUAUUUUAAUCAGACUGACCCCCGGAGUUUGCUUUAACUGAUUUGUUAUUCCUCUAGCAGUAAGUAGUAAUGGCAGAGGCGGCGCAUCAGCUCCAGCCGCUGGACACAGACCCGGAUUUCGAGCCUUUUUGCCGGCCGCGGUCGUGCACCUGGCCGCUACCCAGACCCGAAUCCUCUCCGGCGGCUUCGGGAGCGGAAGCAGAAACAGAGCCGCGGGACCUGGACUUCAUGGGCAGUUUGAGCUUGGCAUUGCUCGAGGAGACCGAGACUGAGACGGAGGACAGGAAAGCGCACGGCUUUCAGAGAGAUGAGGCGCAGCAGCAGCAGCAACAUCCGGCACUGCCGGCCGCUCAGGUGCAACAGGUGCCGCAGCAUCAUCAGGUGCAGGUGCAGCCUCUUUCCUCCUCUUCAUCCUCUACCUCAUCCUCAUCCUCAACAUCCUCAUCCUCGUCGUCCGCGCAGAGGAAGAGCAGCUCGUGCCGGAGGAACGCGUGGGGCAACAUGUCGUACGCAGACCUGAUCACGCAGGCGAUCGAGAGCUCACCGGAGAGGCGCCUCACCCUAGCGCAGAUCUACGAAUGGAUGGUGAAGAGCGUCCCGUACUUCAAGGACAAGGGGGACAGCAACAGCUCAGCCGGCUGGAAGAACUCGAUUCGUCACAAUCUGUCUCUGCACAGCCGGUUCGUGCGCGUACAGAACGAGGGCACGGGGAAAAGCUCGUGGUGGAUGCUGAACCCUGAAGGAGGAAAGAGCGGUAAAUCGCCGCGCCGCAGAGCCGCCUCCAUGGACAACAACAGCAAGUUCACCAAGAGCCGCGGCCGAGCCGCUAAGAAGAAGCAGGUUGGCCUGGACGGCGGCUCGAACAGUCCCGGUUAUACCAAGUGGCUCGGAAGUCCUAACUCUCACAGUAAUGAUGAUUUUGAAGCGUGGGGAAGUUUCCGAACACGGGCCAGCUCGGACGCGAGUACACUGAGCGGCCGGCGCUCACCUUUCCUCCCCGAGGAGGACGUCUGUGAGGGAGGAGAACUCCACCUCGGAUACCAGGCCACUAAAUUAGCCUCCAAACUGCCCAGUCUGUCCGAGGUGACCGGCUCUUUCGGGUCCAAGAACCUGAUGAUGGAGAACCUGUUAGAAAAUCUGAACCUGCUUUCGCCCAAGAACAGCACAGAGGCUACAAGUGCUCAGUACGCCCCCUACAGCGCAGGCCAGGACUUCCACAAGUGGCAGAGCGGCGGGAGCAUUAACGCUAUGACCAUCCAGACUCUGUCGGACAGCAAGGCGGUGGGUUAUAACCCCUACAUAGGACAGUUUAAUUGCCCUACUGGGCUUUUGAAGGAACUCCUGAGUAACGACGGGGAGCCCAGAGGAGAUGUUUUGCCCCCUAUGGAGGCAGCAGGGCCACAAGGAGGGAGAGUUUUACCUCCCUAUAGUGCUCAAGGGCACAUGGGGCAAGCAGGAAAAGCCAUGGGCUCAAACACACACGCUCACACACACACCUCUACAGCAAUGGGCAUGAACAGGUGCGCCCUCCUGCCUCAGGGACAUCUCGGUCGUCAUGGCAACAUGAAGCCCUACCCUCACCUGGCGCACAUGGGAGGAGGAGGAGGAGGAGGAGGAGGAGGUGCUGUCGAUUCGGUGCCGCCCAAUUACUGCAUCGUCAACGGUAACGGUUUCCACAGACAUGCUCCGGUCCUGCCGCAUCCUCAUCAUCAUCAUCAUCACCAUCACCAUCACAACCACCUGGAGCGGUUGCCUAGCGACCUGGACGACAUGGCGAUCGAGCGGCUGGAGUGUGACGUGGAGAGCGUGCUGCACGACACGCUGAUGGACGGAGACGCGCUCGACUUCAACUUCGAUCCGGCCGCCAGCCAGCAGCAGGGCUUCACACACACCGCUGUCAAGAGCCACACACACAGCUGGGUGUCGGGGUAAACACACACACACGCACACGCACACACACGCAUGCACGCACACACACGUUGUGAAAUGUUGAGAACCAGAAGAAAAGGAAAAGUUCAGCACAAUUCUUAUUUUAAAAAUGUAUUUUAGGAACAAAUCAUGGAUCUGUACACACACACACACACACAAAAAAAAACAAGUCAGAAAUAUUUUUUAAUUAACCCAAAAAUCUAAAAAAAAAAAAAAGCCCUCCUUCAUUCUUUUUCCUCCCUUAAUCAGUCUGUUUUUCCUGUUUUUUUCCACCAUUACAGUGAAUUAAAGGAGAGGAAAUCUGCUCUGAAAUUAGUAUACAUAUAAUAAUAAUAAUAAUAAUAAUAAUAAUAAUAAUAAUAAUGAUAAAACCUGCCAGACAUGUAUCUGCUGUUGUUAAUAGCCUAUGUGCCUCUAAAAAAAAUUUUUUUAGUUAAAUGAAAUGAAACAGAGCAGAUUAUAAAGUAAUGUUCGGCUCGUGUUGAUGUUUUACAGUUUUAAUUGAGACUUUUGUACAGAGAUGUAUAUAACUUCAUUGUAUAUAUAACGUGUCGUUUAUACUCUGUGUAUGUGUGUGUGUGUGUGUGUGUGUGUGUG